CCGAGCUGCAGAUCACAUGACUGGAGUGACGUGUCUCGGGAAGUGGCUGCUGCUUAGAUGCUGCAAUCGGAUCUAAUCCAGUGUACGAUAGUGUGACGUUCCGGAGAGCCGGCUGGACACCCGGGGACCAAAUAGUCGUCCUAGGCCGAGUGUUACAAGGGUCCAGGUGUAGUUGUCACAGCCCGGCACCACCAUGAUCAAAGCCAUCCUCAUCUUCAACAACCACGGCAAGCCGCGGCUGUGCAAGUUCUACCAGCACUACAGUGAAGACACACAACAGCAGAUUAUUAGAGAAACAUUCCAUUUAGUUUCUAAACGAGAUGAGAACGUCUGCAACUUCCUGGAAGGAGGAUUAUUAAUAGGAGGAUCUGACAAUAAGCUCAUCUAUCGACACUAUGCAACAUUAUAUUUUGUGUUUUGUGUGGAUUCUUCAGAAAGUGAACUUGGUAUUCUAGAUCUUAUACAAGUAUUUGUGGAAACCUUGGACAAAUGUUUUGAGAACGUCUGUGAACUUGAUUUAAUUUUCCAUGUAGAUAAGGUCCACAACAUCCUGGCAGAAAUGGUGAUGGGCGGUAUGGUUCUAGAGACCAAUAUGAAUGAAAUUGUUAUACAGAUUGAUGCACAGACAAAGGUGGAAAAAUCUGAGGCUGGAUUAGCAGGUGCUCCGGCUCGGGCUGUGUCUGCUGUAAAGAACAUGAACCUUCCUGAAAUGCCAAGAAACAUUAACAUUGGUGACAUCAGUAUAAAAGUGCCAAACUUGCCCUCUUUUAAAUAGCAUUUAGCAUUCUACUGCCUUCUCCCAUACCUAAUUGAUGCUCAGAUAAGUUUACCAAAUUUCAGUGAAUUUUCUAUGAAGUGAAGGAACUGCUUGGGUUGUUUGUGCUAAUCUGCAAUGUUGGAUGUAAGCGUUGCUCUUUACUUACCAAUGCUAAAGAAGAAAAACGCUAUCUGAAACGUGGUUCCAAAACGGCAUCCAAGCUCCUUUUUUUAAGGCAUGUUAUUUGUCUUGGCUGCUGCAUUGUCAGAGAAAGUAUUAAAAAAAA